AUGAGUCUUCUUGUAUCACGAAGCAGGAGGAACGUGUCGAGAAUCCUAAAACGAAGCGUACCCAGAUGUGUGCCUGUGUUGAGAAGAUCGUUUCACUCAUCUUCGUAUUUUCUACAAAAGAACAACGACAAUAAUGACUACGAAGCGCAAUUGAAGAAAGUAAGACAGAAGUUUGAAAAGAUGUUCAAGAGUCAAGAUCUACCGGUUGCAACGCUUCCUGAAAUCCAGCUUCCUAUCGAUCCAUUCGACAUAAGAUACCUCGACAGAAUGUCAACCGUUUAUGAGUUUAUGUUGCGAGAAUUCGAAAGAAAAUGUGACGAAUUUGAAAAAUCCGGUGGGAUAAUUAUGUUGGAGGAUAACUUGGCUGAAAAAGAAAUAAAGGAUAUCCAGGACGCGUUCACCAGACAGCACCCCAACUUCCUGCCAGUGACCAAAGAGGAGAUAUUGCAAACUGUUCGCAUUUAUUACGUCUUGUCAAAUAACUUAGAGUACUUGGAUCAAUUGAAAUUUAGCAAUAUGGAUGUUCAGAAAUUAUUAACAGCAUUUGACAAGGCAACGACCGAGACUCAAGACUUGAAUCCUUCCGAUAUCGCACGUGAGCUGAACCUCAAUCCCAAAUCAGUGCAACUUUGGUUUAGAAUAUUUAGUACACUUCUUUCAACACCCUUUGCGGUUGACGGAAAAAGAACAUUUGCACUUUGUCCCAACGAGUAUCAGAUCAUAAAUGAUUUCCAAAAGCUUAAGGAAGUUUUGAAACAAAGACACACAAACAGCGACCUAUUUUCUUCUUUCUUCAAGCAAGCAAGUGAGAACAACAAGAGCCAAAAGAAAGGAAACAAAAACAAAAAGGAAAAAGGACCGAUUAACAUAGAGGUUGAGUUUACCCCUAAACAAAUUGUCCAAGCAAUUGCGGUAAUACUACUUGUGGUGUUUUUUGUCUCCUACACCAAUGGAGACAAUGGUAAAGAGAUUACAUUCCAAGACUUUGUUGCCAACUACUUGAGUAAGAAUAUGGUUUCCAAAGUUGUGGUAGUAAACAACUCAGUUGCAUAUUUGGAGUUAAAUGAAAACGGCUUGCGUCAGAACCACACUGAAAAAUUGUAUUUCAGCAUCGGUUCUGUAGAAACUUUUGAACGUAACUUGAGAGAAGCGCAAGACAAGUACAGCAUCCCUUCUCAAAUGAGAGUUCCAGUGGUAUACACAACUAAAGGAAAUACGACAAAGUUUUUGAUCAACUUUUUGCCAACUGUACUCUUUUUGGGGGCAAUUUACUGGAUGACAAAGAAGGCUGCUUCGUCAAUGGGCGGAAUGGGACCCAUGGGUUUUGGAAAAUCUACCGCAAAGAAGUUUAACCAGGAAACUGAGGUAAAGACAAAGUUCAAGGAUGUGGCAGGUAUGGCUGAGGCCAAGCAAGAAGUCACAGAGUUUGUGAGCUUUUUGCAGAAUCCCGAAAAGUACGAAAAACUAGGUGCCAAGAUUCCUCGUGGUGCUAUUCUUUCAGGACCUCCAGGAACAGGUAAAACUUUACUUGCUAAAGCCACUGCCGGAGAAGCCGGUGUUCCGUUCUAUUCUGUUUCAGGUUCCGAAUUCGUUGAAAUGUUUGUGGGUGUCGGGGCUUCCCGUGUCCGUGACUUGUUUAAAACCGCGCGAGAAAAUUCACCUUCGAUUGUGUUUGUUGAUGAAAUUGAUGCUAUUGGUAAACAAAGAUCGAAGGGAAAUGCAACAGGUGCCAACGAUGAAAGAGAAACUACAUUGAAUCAAUUGUUAGUUGAAAUGGAUGGGUUUGAUAGCACUGACCACGUCGUCGUGUUGGCAGGUACAAACAGACCAGAUAUUUUGGACAGAGCAUUAUUGAGACCUGGAAGAUUUGACAGACAUAUACAUAUUGAUAAUCCUGAAUUACAAGGAAGGAAGGAGAUCUUUGAUGUCCACUUGAGAAAGAUUACAUUGGAGAAAGACGUUGAUCGAGAUUUAUCCGGAAGGUUGGCAGCUUUAACACCAGGUUUCUCUGGUGCCGACAUUGCCAAUGUCUGCAAUGAAGCCGCCUUGAUUGCAGCUAGGUAUAACGCUAAUGCUGUGACGUUGAGGCAUUUUGAGUUGGCCAUAGAGAGAGUCAUUGGUGGUGUUGAAAAGAAAUCUAAGUUGUUGAACCCCGAGGAACAAAGGAUAGUGGCAUUCCACGAAGCCGGCCAUGCCAUCUGUGGAUGGUUUUUGAAGCAUGCCCAUCCAUUGUUGAAAGUGUCUAUAAUCCCCAGAGGAAAAGGAACUUUAGGUUACGCUCAAUAUUUACCACCCGAUCAGUACUUGAUGUCAACUGCACAGUUGUACGACAGGAUGAUCAUGACUUUAGGUGGCAGAGUUUCGGAAGAGUUGCAUUUCGCUUCAGUUACUGGAGGUGCUCACGAUGAUUUCAAAAAAGUCACCAACAUUGCCCAGUCUAUGGUGUUACGAUUUGGAAUGUCGCCAAAAAUUGGUAUGGUGAAUUACUAUGACACCAGAUCGCAGGAUGAUUUAACCAAGCCGUUUAGUGAAGAGACCAGUCGAGAAAUUGACGCUGAAGUUAAAAGAAUUGUGCAAGAAUGCCAUGACAAAUGUAAGCAGUUAUUGACAGAAAAGGGCAAAGAGGUCAAGUUGGUAGCCGAAGAAUUGUUGAAGAAGGAGUUUAUCACCAGAGAGGAUAUGAUAAGGUUAUUAGGCAAGAGACCAUUCCCCGAGACUAACGAUGCCUUUGACAAGUAUCUUGAUGGGAAAGACGCUUUUAAAAAUAUAAAACCCGACAAUGAAAAGAAGGAUAGUGAAAAGGAUACAGAGGAAGAAAAAGAAGAUGAUGGGAAAAAAUGA